UGACCUUUGCUACGUAGAGGGUGAAUAACGCACGCUUGUUGCAAAAGACACGUCAAAGUAGAAGGAAGAAAGCAGUUGUAAAGGCAACACAUAUAAGCAUGGGUCGAUUAAAUCUUGUUGCAGUGGACAGCAGUCAACACAGUGACCGUGCUUUUACCUGGUAUAUUGAAAAUUAUCACAGAGAAGGUGAUACGCUUGGCAUUGUUCAUAUUCAUCAACUGCCAAGCCUUCCAGCAAUGGGAUUAUACGCAGGCGGAGCUGUAUUGAGUGAAGGCUAUCAGAUGAUGGUUAAUGAGAGCGUUGAGCAAAGCAAAACUGUAGCUGACAAAUAUAUUGAGCAAUGCAAAGAAAAAAAUAUCAAGCAUGUAUUGUUCCUUCAAACUGCUGAAAACGAUGCUGGCCAGACAAUCGUGAAGAUUGCAAGAGAAAACAACGCUAACACGCUUGUGAUGGGCUCAAGGGGUCUUGGCACAGUGCGCCGCACUUUACUUGGUAGUGUUAGCGACUAUGUUCUACAUCAUGCUCACAUUCCAACUUGUGUCAUUCCACCAACAAUUGAAGAAGCCAAAUAGUGUGGACAUUUAAAGAGAUAAAGUUUUUGUGUGAUAAAACUAGGUGAAACAAAAUAAUCACUCCAAUCUACACUCCAAUUUCUGCUACAAUUUACGCUACAAUAUAUAAAGCCGCAUCUUAUACUUUUAUGUAAACAGAACACACACAAAAACUCACACCUGAUACAUAACUGUUAAAAAAUCAUUGAUUAGAAAUGUAAUAGAAUCAUUGAUGAAAAUUUGAAAUGAACAAGUGUUUGUAUUUUUGAAUUAACAUAUUUGUUUCUCAUAUGAUCUUUUAUACAUCUACCUCUUCCAUUCCAUGAGUAAUUUCGAAUUGCAAUUUUUUUUUAAUUUUCAUCGAUUACAUUCAUCAUUUAAAACAUUGGUUUGAGAGCCAUUGUAAAAUUUCAAGGAUCCCCAUUUUUUCACCAAUUUUCUUAGGGUCUGCAGUUUUUAGCUCAAGUAGUCAUCAGGUUAUAAUUCAGAGAUUCUUCAAAAACAUUUGUUGUACUUGAUUUAGAAGGAUUUAGGGAAAAAAUCAUAAAAAUUUGCAGUCCAUUACUCAAUAAUCGUCCUACAAAUACCAAGUAUAAACAGAAGUAACAUAUGAAAUAAAUUAACACAUAUAUGAAAGAUGGUGAAUAAAGUUUUCUGUUUGAAGACUUGAGGCCAGAUGUUGUAUUAUUUUUGAAAAGGUGAUAGAGUUGGGCAUUUGUAAGCACCUUGGAUCUUGAAUCCAACAUUGACCUGUGCUUUUGCAUCUCUGCUAAAAAAUUAUCCUUCAAAAUUACAUCACCUAAAAAGUAUACAUGCAUCCUAUUCAGCAAAUCAACUCUUUGUUUCUUAAAGGGUGCAAUCUUUGAUAUGCUUUUUUUCAGAACAAAACAUUUUGCCUUCCCUUUCUUUUGAGUGCAUUUAUUUUUGCUCCCUUACCUUCUAGAUAGCUUCAUGUUAAUAGGCUACAAACUGAGAGAGACUAACUCAUAAAAGCAUAUUUUCGAAAUAAUUCAGCAAUAUGGUUAAAUAUACUACAACAACUGUUUUUAAAGCAUUUAUGUACUUGCAUUUUGAUAAUAAUUCUAACAAUUUUAACAACUUAUACACCAAGAAGCAGUUACAUAUUUUGCUGCACUUAACUCUGAACACAAAUAGUGAAUUUUAGGAACAUACAAACAAAAAGCCGAAGUAGAAAUUUACACAGUAGAAAUUAAUUUGUUUCUUACUAAGAUCAAAGCUCAUAAAUACCUCUUUAAAAACACAGGCUUCUAAUUUUUUGUAAAGAUUAAGAUAAUUGAAAUACCUGCAUUGCUAUGAGGGGAUUUUCAAAUUGCUUUGAUUUUGUAACAGGUACUAAGAAACCAUGUGGGGUUGAUUUUCCUUGCAACUUUAUAAAAAUUGUAAAUUUAUGGCGCACAUUCUGCAUGUUCAUUACUAAUGUGUUUAUCGAUGGUGAUUAAUUUAUAAACAAACUUUUGCCUAGAAGUUGUCUCAGAAACAGACAAGAUUUGAAUAGAACUAAUUUAUUUAAUAGCCUAAAAAUUCAAGACAUCUUAAAAAUUAUCUGGACUUUUAACAGAUCAAGUAGAGUGUGAAUUAUGUAUGACAUGCAAACACGGUAUAAGAUUGCCCAAUUCAAGAAUUUUAUUUGGUAAAACUGAAAUCCGUAAAAUAUUGAGUUACAAUGGCUAAACUGCAUACUGCUAAAAUGGUUGAUGGACUGCAUGAUUAGCACAUAAACUGUAUGUACAAAAUUUUUGCUGAUGCUGAUGAAAAUGCUAAUAAAGAUCAGCAACCAAAGGGAGAGCCAGCUACUGAUAGGUGGGAUGGUAAUUGAUAAAUUCAAAGAGAAAAUCAAACACUAUUGGUGUUAAAGACAAUAUUUGCCCUAUUAUGACCUAUCCAUACCCUGUCCAUUCUUUAAACAAGAAUAGGGAGAGAGGAGCUAAGAAGUGAGGAAGGCCAGAUCAAGUUUGUUGAUUUUAUCUCUAUGGGACAUAGGUUAUAAAAGGGGAAGCAUGAAGAGGGUAGAGCAUUUUAAACAUUGCAAGCUCUAGCAAGGAAAAAUGAUUUGUGAAUUGUCAUCAUAGUGGAUUUAUUAAUUAUAUGACCAAUUCUUAAAGCAUUUCCUUUUGAGUCAGCAAUAUACCCAUCAGAGCCUUGCUCCUGCAUCUGUAAUCCUUGUCUAGCCAGUGAUAAAUGCCUCAGUAAUCUUAAAAGGAUAGCUAGCAAUAAUUUCAGCUAUAAUGAGCAGUUAAUUGUUUGUCAUUUUUUCUGGAUAGGUCCAUUC